AUGGGUGGACUGGAUGCUAAUAGUUCUGCUUCCUUCUCGGUCCAAGGAAGUGGAUCUCCCAGUGCAACCACAACCAAGAAAGCCAACGAGAGCAGACCAAGCUUCAGUUCUGCUGGCAACGACACAACUUCGAUUCGCACAUCGUCAACGACGAAGAUUGGCAAUGAGGCAAGUUCAAACGCCGAUUCCUCCCAGGGGAGUCAAGAAAAAGAGCUCGAUACCAAAAUGUCUCAGCUCGGAUUAUACGGACGCCAGAAGGAGACGAGAACGAUUCGAAAAUGUCUCGAUGAUCUGGUCUCUACCGGAAAAAACAAACUUGUAUACAUUUCAGGACUCUCAGGAACUGGUAAGACAGCUCUUGCUGCCACUGUUGCCGAUUCCGUUGUAAGUAAGAAUGGAAUCUUCGCCAUGGGCAAGUUCGACCAGAAGCUGCGCGAUGAGCCAUAUGCUGGCAUUGCAGCUGCUGGACGCCACAUCUGCGGUGAAAUACUGCAUCGUAAGAACUCAUCCGAGCACAUGGACUUUGAAGAUAUUCGCAAGAUGAUCAUGAAGAAUGUCGGAUCAGAGUUGUCCACACUCGCCAUGAUCCUUCCCGAGAUCGAAGACAUUGUUGGUUCGUCUGAACUCCUCCUGGCGCAGGAAGAUAGCGCCGGUGGCGACUUUGGAGCCAACAAGGAACGUCUCAACAAUGCGAUUCGUACCUUCUUUCGCACUGUGGCAACCUUCUUCAAGCCUCUAGUGAUGGUCUUGGAUGACAUCCAGUGGGCCGACUUGACGUCCAUCAACCUUAUGCAAGUAUUGAUGACCGAUGAAUCCAGCUCCAACUUUAUGCUUAUUGCCCUCUACCGAUCCAACGAAGUCGAUCAGACACACGUGGUCAGCAAGAUGAUCGAGACUCUUGACGAGAAGCAAAAGGAGUAUGAUUUCGAUACUACAAAGAUUGAGGUUGGUGAUCUCAAAAUGCAGCAGGUGGACGAGAUCUUGGUGGAUCUGCUACACCUGCCUAGCUAUCGAACGUCCGACCUGUCAGAGAUCAUCCACCGAAGGACUGGAGGCAACGCAUUCUUUGUAUUGAAUUUUAUCGACAUGCUCAAGAAUCAACAUCUCGUGGUAUACUCCAACGUUGAAAAGUGUUGGGUGUGGGACGAAACCGAGAUUGAGCUGGAGACCAUUGCCACCGACAACGUGGUGGAUAUUUUGAAGCAACGCAUGAAGAAUCUGCCCAAGCGAAUGCGAGAGGUACUCCAACUCGCAGCAUGUUUAGGUGCAAGCUUUCAAGAGAGUGUCUUGUCCAGGGUUGUCACCGAUUACUUUGCAAGCCAACAAGAUGCUCCCAAGUCCGGUCAGCUGUCGAAAUGGUUGACGAAGGCCGUUGAGGCUGGUUUCGUCAAAAUGGACAACGUUGGAUAUCGCUGGAUUCACGAUAAGGUCCAAGAAGCAGCUCUUUCGAUCGCCAGUGGUACUGAUCUCACCAAGAUGCGCUUCCAAGUUGGUAAAAUCUUGCUGCGUCGACUUUCAAGACAAGAAAUGGACCAGGCCUUGUUUGUUGUGGUAAAUCUACUGAAUGUCGGGAUCGGAACAGAGGUAUCAUCGUCCGCGUCUGCUGUCACCUUUGCUGAGCUGAACCUACGGGCAGCGCAACGAGCCAUGAGACUAUCUGGGUUCGAGAUCGCCGCUAGUUACUCAGACAUUGCCAUUGGACUCCUUCCAGGUGGCCACUGGCAGUCCCAGUACAAGUUGUCCUUGAAGCUUUAUACUCUAGCCACCCAAGCGCAUGGAGUCCUCGACAAUGUGGAAACGAUGCAAUCCUUGUACGACGAAGUGCUGGGACAGCCAGGUAUUCCGCUCAAGGAUAGGCUCCCGUUGUACUAUGCAAUGCUUGAGUCUCUAUCCGGAAGGGAUCUACAGGCUGGAAAAGAACUUGGCUACGAGGUAUUGGAGCAAUUGGACCACCCUCUGAUGAAACCUGGAGGAAAACAAUCAAUCUUCAAGCGCUUCAAUAUCGUCAGAGACUACGACAGGAAUCUGAAUCCAGAGACGGCGUCGACCCUUCCAGUGAUGACUGAUGCAAAUGCUCUAUCAGCGAUGAAAAUCCUGUCGACGUUGUUGGUUUUGACAUACAUGACGAACAAGGCAGAGCUUCCAACAGUUACUUCGAAGAUGGCAUCUCUUGUGAAUACCUUUGGAGUCUGCGAUGAAGCUGGCAAUGCCUAUGUCUUUCGAGGAACUUACGCCACCGAUCUCAGGGUGAUUGAUGCGCACGGGAAGUUUGCCAAAGGAAUCAUGGAUCGUUCGAAGGACCGCUACUCGAAGGCAGCGUCAAGAAUGUACGUCCUCUGUAUGAUGAGUCACACCCGGGACAUCCGCUGGGUUUUGAAGGGCUACGAAGAGAAUUAUCAUUAUAGUUUACAGGUCGGGGACAUCCAAGCGGCGUUGUAUUCAAACAUGCUCCUGCUUUACUAUGCACUUGUUAGUGGACAUUCUCUCAAGUCUACUGCAGCCGAGGCCCGUAACAGAAUUCGAAGUCUUCAGCGAAGGAAUCGUGGAUGGCAGGUUGGUCUGAUGACGAUUUUGUGGCAAGGAGUAUUGAACAUGCAAGGGCAGUCAGAAGACCCAUUUGUGCUGAAGGGCGAAGCCAUGGAUGAGACAGCCAUGCCUCCGGCGUCACCUGACACUGUAGAUGGGGCCUUGCGACUUGGAAUCAAAGCGAUAAUCUUUGCUUUCUGUGGCAACCACCAAGCAAAUGCUGAUGAGCAUAUGGAUCAGAUCCAGGCUGCCUCAAUUCAAAAUGCAGGGAACUCAAUUGGCUUUUGGUUCGAGAUCUAUACUGCCAUCUCUUGUUUGCAUUGUGCCCGUUCUGCUUCUGGGCGUCAAUGUCAAAAGUACAAACGAUUCGGAAAACACAUCAGCAAGAAGGUGAAGAGAUGGAUUGCCCAAGGUUGUGCGAACGUAAAACAGCUUGACCUCCUUUUGGACGCAGAGCUUGCCGUGUUGGCUGGCAACGACAAGAAAGCUGGUCAAUUGUACAAGAAAUCCAUCAAGACCGCCGAACAUAUGCCGCGAGUGAACGAUGCUGGACUAGCAUCUGAACGAUAUGGAGAGUACUUGCUGGGAAUAGGCGAUACGGAAGGGGCCAGAGAAGCUUUAUCAAAAGCACUCGAAUUCUAUUCGCGUUGGGGAUCGGAUUUGAAGGUCGAGUCCAUUCGUUCGAAGCAUGAAGAAUUGCUAAGGCCAUUGGAUAUAUAG